GUCUGGAGUUGCUGAAAGAUGAAUUGCGGGAGUCCGCCAAAAUCUUUUGGCGAGAGCGCGCUGCUAAGAGUUCGACCCACUUGUGGGGCAGACCCUGGCCACUUCCGACUUCAGCGGCAACACCAAAACACAGGACUCACUGAGAACAUUGCCAAACGUUAAUUCAAGCUGGACACCAGCAUUUGACUCAUCAUAAAUCUUUUGCGCCACUGAGUAAAACAUUGAGAGGAACUCUCAUCUAGCAGCAUGUCGUCUCUGCGGACAGCCACGAAGUCCAACACUUCAACUACACAAAGUGUCUCACGUCCAGGCCGCAAUGCCCGGAAGAGAGCCGACGAGAAGCCUGGUGAAGAUGCUCGUCAAGACUGUGCAGACACGAUCGAGGAGUCUGAAGAUGUUGAAGCCGAGCCAUCGCAGGGAACUGCAGUUCAGGACAUGAUCAUUGGCAACCUCAACGCUAGGCAACGACAUACUGUCAACAAGAAGAAAGUCAAAGAGAACUAUAGCAGCACCGCGGCAGACUUGCAGAACAACAUUACUGUUUUCUUUGACGCACAUGAAAAAGAGGCAGAUGCCGUACAUCGCGCUCAGAUGGAACGUCUUACCGAUCUACUUGCCAGAAAGUCGACAAUCGAAGCACAGAUGAUAGCCAAACUAACCAGCCUCCGUGCGUUGUACGACGCCCACUCGAAGGAGCUGACAUCUGUUGUGGGCUCGCGAAUCAAGGAACUGAAGUGAGUUGAUGUUGUCGGUAGAGGUCUGGACAGCCAAGACGAACUUGAGUGUUUCAUCGCUCUGAUACUGGGCCCUGGCCCUGGACACUGAUGGAUGCUCUUGGCUGCAUUUGUCCGGACUAGG